AUGAAAAGGAAUCUGCAAUUUACGUUAGCAAUACUACUUUGCAUACUUUAUGACUUCAAGGUGAAAUAUAAUGAAGUAGGCAUCAGCAUAAAAGGGACUCCUUUUGAAGACUUCAUCAAAUCACGACAACUUUUAGACGCAAAAUAUCCUAUUGAACAUACUGCUGACGUUCUCAGAGUUCUCUUGCUCUGGAAGUUUGGUGGAACUUACACAGAUACAGACACCAUUACAAGAUUACCUUUUGAUACUUUGGAACCUAAUUUUGCUUGUCAAGAAAAUGAAAAAUAUGUUGUAAAUGGAGUUUGGAACAUGGAAAGUGCUGACAGAAGUCCUCUCGCUACACUUUUUGCAGAACAUUUAACAAAGAACUACGAUGCAACAACAUGGGCUAAAAACGGUCCAGGGUUGNUGAAAGUAACCUUGAGACUUUUGGUCUAUGAAAUGAAAGCACUAAAAAAGAAAAAUAAUUUUUGA